GUCACUGCUAUUAAUUUUGAAGUAGUUUGGGUUCAAAUUACAAAAUGGGUUCAAAUAAACAAAAUAUUCUUAAACAUUCUGAAGUACACAAGGAAAUUAUUGCGCAUCCACCAAAAAUCCGAUCUGAUGAAGAUAAAAUGGGUCCCUACAAUCGGUAUAACGACGAAAACCGUGAAAUUUACUUAGAGAAGAAGAGAAUGUUCGAAGAAGCUUGUCAUAAAUAUGCCAAAAUGAACGCCGAUACUGUUAAUACUUAUAAGAUUCGCUUGCAUGAGAAUUAUAUCGAGGGAUUAGAUUUAUGUUUCCUGGAUAAUAGAAAUUCAAAGCAUGGUGCACCAAUUACGUCAAGUGGAUUAUUGCUUAAGAAGAGAACAGAGCGUCGAGCUCAUGAAAUACCAGCUCAAGAUCAUCAAAUCCCAUGCAACGUAGAGCCAUGGUUUCGAAAAUAUCUUAUUCUCAACAAAUUUAUCUGGGCAGCUAGAAUUACUAUUAUCAAAAACAGACUCUUGAGAAAUUUGAAUUUACUAAGUCGAUUAGAUAGAGAGUCUGUUAAACAGUACGAAAUUGUUAGAAAACCUUAUUUUGGAAGUUAUAAGGACAUUUUUGAAAAGUUUACUUCAUAAUUAUUUUAUUUUAAUAAACAUGCC